GGCCGAAGGCUUGCGCGUUGUUGGUUGGAGGCUUCGUCUACAUGAGUGAAUCAACCCAGACGUCCACCAGAAAAGGAAAGGAAAUGAAAUGCACCUCUUAGGUCUGGCGUUACAAAAAAAGAAGGGAGGGCAGUCGGAGGGAGGAAGGAGGGAGGAAGGAGGGUGGGAGGAGGGAGGGAGGACAUCGGGCGGAGGGAGGAAUGGAGGGAGGAAUGGAGGGAGGAGGUCAGGGAGGAGGUCAGGGAGGGAGGACAUCGGGCGGAGGGAGGAAUGGAGGGAGGAGGUCAAGGUGGACAUGGGGCCGAGGAAGGGAGGGGAGGAAAGAGGCCGGGGGAAGGAGGAGGUCAAUGCGAAUCGGGCAGAGGAGGAAGGGGAGGGAGAAGAUCGGGGGAAGGAGGAGGUCAGGCGGAGACUGGGCGAAAGAAGCGGAGGGCGGUGGCCAGUUGGGGGAAGAACGAAGACAAAGGAGGGGCCGAUCUCAGCCGGCGUGGGGGGGCAAUUGAAGAAGAAGGAGGAAGAAGAAGAAGAAGAAGAAGAGGAAGAAGAAGAGGAGGAGGAAGAAGAAGAAGAAGAAGAAGAAGAAGAAGAAGAAGAAGAAGAAGAAGAUGAAGAAGACGACGACGACGACGAAGAAGAAGAAGAGGACGCUGGCAAAGAGGAAGGAGAAGGAGAGGGAGGGGGAGAGGGAGAGGAAGGCGGAGGGGAAGUGGAAGGGGAAGGAGGAGGGGGGGGGGGAGAAGAGAAGGGGGAGGGGGAGAGGAAGAGGGGGAAGAAAGAGGAGGGAAAGAUGGACAAGAAGGGGGAGGGGGAGGCGGAGGAGGAGGAGAAGAUGGAAAAGAGGAAGGGGGAGGAGGAGAGGGAGAGGGAGAAGGAGAAGCGAAGGAAAGAGGAGGAGAAGGUGGAAGAGGAUAAUGCACGGACCAGCGAAGCAUACGUCGAAACCAUUGUGUAAGACGAGUUACAUGUAUAGGUUGUCGACGUUGGCGCGCACGAAUGUAACAAGUCCAUCCACGGGCCAAUGUUGAAGGAGCACUGGUUGCCACGGGAAAGCAAACGGAGGACAAGCAUGGUUGCCGCAGUAAGGUCUGAAAUCAAAUCAUAUGCCAAUU